AUGGCCGUUCGCAGGCAAAGUCGUGGUACCACCACAGCGGUCUCUUCGCUGCUGCGGUGGCUGCUGCUCGGGGCGAUGCUUCAGACUGUGGCCACGGCGGCGAGGUCUGGCGUCGACAAAGACUUCGGCCAGCCGACAUUUGGGCUACUUAUCUACCGCAGCGCUGAAGGCUCCGUGCACCCCUACUGCACUCUCGUGUCGACCCGAUUCAGGCGUCCACCACUGUACGAGAAAGAAAAUGUGUUCCGCGGCGUGGAGUUCCGUUACGCGAACCAGAGCUGCCAGCUAGACUUGGCGAGCGCCUCCGGCAAGCACGUCUUCCUGUUGCUUCCGGUCAACGACAAGGCGUGUCCCUUCGAAUACUCGCUAGCACAGGCGGUCUCUGGCAAGGCUUACUCCCUCAUUGUGGCUCGCGACAUUGAACGCAAGCUCCACGCAGAUUAUUUUACAUCGGGAGAAAAUUACACGGUGCCUGUGCAAGACAUUACACUGGGCGUCAUAAGGCUGGACAUAGUCGAAUCGUUCGAGCCCCAAAACUCUGGGGUGCCGGCAACCUCUGCGACCAACGUGAGUCACUCGGGCGGAGACGCGGCUCAGUUGUACAUGCUGGAAGUGAAUGUCUUCAUUGGCGCGUCCCUCAUCUGGUUCAUGGCCUGUUCGACCGUUGCCGUGGGCGCACUCUGGUCCGGAAGCACCAGGAAGUUGCUCUACUUGACCGAGCAUAGACGCACCAAGCCGAAGGAGAAGAAGCGGCGCAAGGAGGACGCUGACUUAGACGCCGCGCCGCUUAAAGUAGCCGCCUCGACUACGACGCUCGAGACGGACACCACGGCCUCGCGCCCGCCGGCUGCGACGACGUCGGCACCAAACGUGCGCUCGGAGUCGCACCACCACCAUCGGGGUUCUCGAUUGCGGCCUUCGAAGUCUGUCGACGACUUCCCCAGUUCGGCCAACGAUGCGCUCGACGAGGAGAUCACAUUCUCCGAAUGCCCUGUCGACUGCAACCUCCUCACACUGUUUCUGCUGCUGUUGGCGGUCAACUUGCUCGUACUCUACUACUUCUUCAAUAAGCUGUGGCCUAUCCUCAUCGGGUGCAUCGCAUUGGGGUCGAUGAUGUCUCUAAUCGUGAUCUUCAAUUCCCUCUCCUUCUUGAUACCCUGCGCCAGUAUGCGGAUGCCAAACGUGUUGUUUCCGUGCUUCGUGCAAAGCAUGGAGAUACGGCACCACGUGGCGAUAUGGUGUGCCAUAAGCGUCACUUUAGUCUGGGUCGUUUUCCGCACGGCUCACCACGCUUGGAUCCUCCAGAAUUUCUUGGGCUCCAGCUUCGCGCUGAACAUCCUGAGAUGCGUGCACCUGCCUAACUUUAGGGUUAUUACGUUUAUAUCCAUCCUGAUGUUCUUCGACGACAUAUUUAUGGUGUUCAUCACGUCCUUAAUUACGAAAGACAUGAGCGUGAUGGAGAGCGUCGCGAGAGGCGUGCAAGACCUGCCCGUACUCAUGCGCGUGCCGCUGUUCUUCAUCGGUGACGCGACGGCCUGCAGAGCUAACUCGAUGAUGCUGGGAUACGGAGACAUCGCUAUUCCGGGUUUUACUAUCGCCUAUUGCCGCUCGUACGACGUCAUAGUCAAGAAAAGGUCCUGGUACUUCCUUCUAGCGAUUGUCUGUUACGGCGCGUCCUUGGUGUUCACAUUCUUCAUGGGACAGAUCAUGAACACCGGCCAGCCAGCGCUUCUAUAUCUGGUUCCGGGCGUCUUGUUGCCUGUCACUCUGCUCGCUUGGUGCCGCGGUGAAUUGAAGCAGUUCUGGAAAGGAGACUUCGUUCCCAAGGAGGGCCUCAUGAGUCCUCGGAUGGACGUGUGCGUUUCGUCGAGCGAGCAGUUCCAGAUGAUUCAGAGUCGGGGCUUGCUUUACGUCGCCACUCCAGUGUUUCCGUGGCUCGCGGUGCCGCUGCCGGUCUCGCAGAAAGCCUACGACGCCAAGUAGAACUGAGCCUAUACGGCGGUCUCGUUCAGUCCGCAGGCUGGUCGAGCGACCAAGACCAGCAAUGCGACUAUAUGCUAUAAUACAUAACAAAAGCACAACGAAUUCUGAAGCGUAGAUUACGUUUUUCAUAGCGACUGUGCUAUGACCGAGUCGUUAUUGACGUGUUCCAAAUCU